CUUUUUUGUUUACAGACUCUUCGAUGAUUGCCACUAAAGCGAGCUCAUUUUGAAAAGCAUUCGAACAAGAAUAAAUCCGUACGCAUCCAUCAAACAUUUUGCGCCACGUCACGCCAACGCUUUUGAAGUGGCAACGACACAACCAACAACAAAUAUACCUUUUCUUAAACAGCCAUAACUUCACAGCAAACGCAUCCGUCAUGCAGUACAACGCGUACAUUUCAACUCCAUUUACCAAAGCAAGAUUUUGCUCACCUGUAGCUACAACGACAACGUCAAUGUCUGUACUCAACCACCUGCGUAGCUUACAGCAAUUGCUGCUGCCACUCAAAAUCAUCGUUCUCCUCACCAUCGCCACGUCGUCGUCGAUCAGCGUAACGCAGGCUAAACACCUGUCAAGCGUUGACAUUGUAGGCAGCGACGUUGUGGCGCUCGACGAUGUCGCAUAUUCUGUCUCGUUGCCAUCAGUCUCGUCCUCAUCUUCCUAUUAUGGCGCUUAUCAGAAUCAACGAUUCGCCAUGGAACCACAAGACCAAUCGGCUGUGGUGGGUGCACGUGUGACGUUGCCAUGUCGCGUUAUCAAUAAACAGGGUGUGCUACAAUGGACCAAAGAUGAUUUUGGUUUGGGCACCUCACGUGAUUUGGGCGGUUUUGAGCGUUACUCAAUGAUUGGUAGCGAUGAGGAGGGCGAUUACUCGUUAGACAUUUAUCCGGUGAUGUUGGACGAUGAUGCGCGUUACCAAUGUCAAGUGAGUCCAGGCCCGGAGGGUCAGCCAGCAAUUCGGUCUACAUUUGCGACUCUAACAGUGUUGGUGCCACCAGAAGCGCCGAAAAUUACACAAGGAGAAGUAAUCUACACGACGGAGGAUCGGAAGGUGGACAUUGAAUGUGUUUCGGUGGGCGGCAAGCCAGCGUCGGAGAUAACGUGGAUUGAUGGACUUGGCAACGUUAUAACGAGUGACAUUGACUACACUACGCUGCAGAUGCCGGAUGAGCGUCGCUUCACCGCCCAAUCGAUAUUGCGGCUGACACCGAAAAAGGAGCAUCACAAUACGACAUUCACUUGUCAGGCGCAAAAUACGGCAGAUCGUACAUAUCGGUCGGCGAGAAUACGUGUAGAGGUAAAAUACGCGCCAAAAGUUAAAGUGAGCAUAAUUGGCGGUGCGUUGGAGGAUGGCCGUAUACCGGAGUUUGCACAGGUGCGAUUAGAGUGCAAAGCGGAUGCCAAUCCCAGUGAUCUGCGUUAUCGUUGGUACAUCAACGACGAACCAAUUGUUGGUGGGCAAAAAACCGAAAUGGUCAUUCGCAACGUCACCCGAAAGUUCCAUGAUGCCAUCGUCAAAUGUGAAGUACAGAAUACAGUGGGAAGGAGUGAAGAUAGUGAAACGCUGGAUAUAAGCUAUGCUCCCAGCUUUCGUCAGCGUCCACAAUCUAUCGAAGCAGACUCAGGCACUUUGGUGACACUAGGUUGCGAGGUGGACGGCAAUCCCACGCCAGAUAUUGUAUGGAUACAACAUCCCAGUGAUAGGGUUGUUGGCAUCAAUUCCAAUCUCACCUUUACCGUUAGUAACGAGACAGCCGGACGUUAUUAUUGCAAGGCCAACGUGCCAGGCUAUAAAGAAAUCAUUAGCGACGCAUACGUCUACCUGAAGGGCUCGCCCACUAUUUACUCAUCACCCUAUCAAUUUAGUUGGGUGGGCGAUACGGCGCGCAUUGAAUGUUCGGCCACUUCAGUGCCACGUGCACGUCACGUCUCUUGGACAUUUAAUGGUCAUGAAAUCAGCGCUGAAUAUGGACACGACUAUUCAAUAUUGGUUGAUCCGGUGCCAGGUGGUGUGAAGUCGACACUGAUCAUUCGUGACAGUCGAGCGUAUCAUUAUGGCAAAUACAAUUGCACUGUGGUGAAUGAUUAUGGCAACGAUGUGUUGGAAAUCAAUUUGCAGGCGCAAAAAGCCAUCUCGCCCAUGAUGAUCAUCAUUGGUGGCACUUCUGUCGUUGGCUGUGCCAUGGUGCUCAUCAUAAUCAUCAUUGUCUAUUUUAAGUGUAAGAAACGCACCAAACUUCCACCAGCCGAUGUAAUUAGCGAACAUCAGAUCAGUAAAAAUGGUGGCGUAGCUUGUAAAAUGGAGGCUGGCGAUCGUACUUCCAACUACAGUGACCUCAAAGUGGACAUCUCCGGUGGCUAUGUACCCUACGGCGAUUACUCCACACACUACAGUCCGCCACCACAAUAUCUCACCACUUGCUCCACCAAAUCGAAUGGCAGUUCAACAAUACUCCAAAAUAAUCAUCACAAUCACAUACAACAACAACAUAUGCAACAAAGUCUACAACAUCAACAUCACCAACAACAAACACCACCACCACAAUCUGUGCCAAUGACUUACCUAUCGAACGGCAGUGCGAGUGGCAGUCUAACGAGUAGUAUUGUCGGUUCACGUGAAAUACGGCAGGAUAAUGGCUUGCCAAGUUUACAAUCGACCACAGCCUCCGUGGUUAGUUCGUCGCCGAACGGAAGUUGUAGUAAUCAGAGCACAGCGACGCAUGUCAUCUCCAGUUCGGUGGCGAUGAGUGUGGAUCCACGUUAUAGCGCCAUUUAUGGCAAUCCCUACUUAAGAUCGUCGAACUCGUCGCUGCUGCCGCCACCCACUGCGGUUUAGGAGGUGAAAAAUGUAAUUUAGCGAGGAGAUGAUGACGAUGAUGAUGGUGUAAAUGCAUAAAUAGUCGCGUAGAAUUCAAAGACUGAUCUCAAGAGCAUUCAACUUCGUUUAAUCAGACGCGUUGGCCGACGGCAUACCCGCUGGAGAGCCAGGUAAGGGUUGGGGUAUUUCAAGCUUAUGUUAAGAUGUUUUAUGUACGUAUGUAUGCAUUUGUAUUUUGAACAGCCUAUGCUGUUUAUAUAUAUGGAAUUUAGAAAAUAUGCAUUUAAUGUCUCAAAGGAUUUAAGUUGGUUUAAGCCAGAAUAAUGUGCAAAUGUAACGAUAACAAGCCUUCAAGUGUGUGCUAAGUUUUUCCGAUUCUGGAAGUAGUUCAAAGCUAUUUUAAAAUUUUUUCCGAAAAUUAGCUACCCUUUGCAUAAAUAUACAAAAGUAUUUGCGUGCUUAAAGUGCGAAGUAUGGUAUACAUACCAUACUUUUCUUUUCUUCUAUGAAAAAGAAAAUAAAUAUUUCCAAAGUACAUAAAUUUUUAUGUUACGUAUGAAUCUGCCCGCAUUUGCGCUGCCUUUCUACCAAAUUGCCAUGCACUUGAAAUUUGCCUCAUCGCAUUUUCCUGCAAUUAAAUAAACAUAACUCUAGCAAUCUCUCUAGCCAUCACUGCUCUGCCUGCAUCAGACUGUCUAAUACAAGGUUAAAAUGCUCUUAAACUAAAUCCCUCGUUGAAUUUGGUAGUACAUAUGUCGUUGUUAGAAGAGAAAUUUCAAUUUAAUCCCUUGACUACAGCAGCUAGCAAAUCGUUUGAUGUUUUUCAGAUAAUGUGUCUGUAUGUAUGUAUGAGAAUUUACAUACACAAAAAUAUGCAGAAAAGUAGUACGACCAUGUACAUUUUUAAGUAGAUAUUUUUGUGAAAUUUCCAACGAAUACCUGCAUAAAUUCUUGCAUAAAGUUUGUUGAAAACUUUGUGAAUACGAAUUGGAAUUGAAGGUAGAAGUUGAAAGGGGCAGAGGGCUAUGGCGAUGUGUAGCGGGUGGUUUGUUGAACAUCAAAUAGGCAUUUACGCGUACAACGCUGAAACUUUUUUGGAUACCAAAGCAGAAAGAAAAGUAGCUGCGCUAAAGCUGUAACGAAUUCUUGUGCCUGUCAGGCGGCAGAUACGUGGCGUUUUUUGGCUGAUACGGAUGCAUUGAAUUAAAAAAAUAAAAAUUAUAAAACAUUCGAAUUUUAUUCAAUUAAUCUCGGCAGGAAAUAAAUCUCGAUUUUGGACAGGCCUGUUCAGAUGUGCUUCCUUCCGAAAAGGAAAGCUAUCGAGGUGCUAGACACAAAGGCAACGCACGCUCUAAGCAGCCACGGUCCAGUGAUUCUGGAGAGCUUCCGUCUAAUGAACUGUCGAAUUACUAAUCAGAAUUCCUAUACAGUUCCUUUGAACAAAUUCUUUAUAUGCCCUUUCCUACAUUUCUGAACCAAGUCUAUCCUGAAACUUUAGCUUGCCACGAAUGCAUUGUUCUGAACAGGCCCUUUCUUGUAAAUCUAAAUAGCUCCUUUUUCGCUUUAUUUUGAAGGUCCUUAUCUGAACUAUAGUGCAGUCCUAAAUUGGGAUUAUAUUCACAUUAAAAAUGUUAUGUAUCGCAGUCGCUUGCCAGAGCUUGUCCUGGUGAUGACAUGAAAAUCAUUGUCAGGAAUAUCUAACCAGAACCAAGAUCAGAUGCCCAAGUCAAGGUGUUGAGUGCUAGACCAAGUCUGCCUACUAAAAGGGGUCUAAUGAGUUCUUUUAUGCUGCAGCCAGCCUAACCUCUGGUACAGAAUGCAUAAAUGUUUAUUUUAUGAGUUGUUGUUAAAAAUUUUCGUCCACGAGGCGCAGAAGUUGUUGAAAUAUUCAAUUGUUCAUAAAAACAUGAUUGAAAAGCAAAAAAACAAUAUUUUUGUAACGGAAAUC